UAUGACCAUGCUAUAUAAAUGAACCAUUUACUUUAUAACAAGGGCAUUGUAAUUUAAUUUUGUGAUCUGUUACUUAAAUAAUGCUACAGUUGAGCAACUCCAUUAUGUUGACUGUAAUACAGUACCACAGUACAAUAUCCAGUCCUGUCUGGUCCUUAGCGAUCAGAAUCUGAGGCUUCAGCAUGAGCUCCAAUCUACAUCCACCGGUGAAUAAAUUAUUUCUCAUGUCUGUUCAAUGAGUUCAGAACAAAAUUUAAAGUUGGAAAAACUGUUAGAUGGUCAUUGAGGCGACCACUGAAGCAAAUCCUUGAAUUAAACCAGCUGCUCCCUCCAUUUGACUAAUCAACACAAUAUGUAGAAUGUGAAGGAAAACUAGUGGCACAGAGAAGAAUAGAGCUUUACACAGGAACCAUUAACUGGGUGAAUGCUGAAGUCCAGUUCUUCACAUUUUGUCAUGAAACUUUUUUAGUCCUUAAACUUAAGCUUGAAUACAGUGUUUCUGAGGAGAUCGACUGUAGACUGUGAAACGGACACAACUAUGAUGAAGUCAUCUUUAUUAACCUUGAUGCUGAUGUGAAGCCAUUGUUAACUGAUUGCUGCUUCAUUAUUCAAUUUCUGUCAAGUUUCCGACAGUAGAGCCACCAUGAUCCUAUAAAGGAGAACGUUACAGAGGGAAGUUGUAGGAAAUCUCAAACAGGAAAAGUUACCUCUCAAGUCAUAUUUGUAAAGGGGAUUAUUCGAGUGUGUGUAUGUGCGUGCAUGUGCCGACCUAUUGUCCCGGUCAUGGAAAGUCCCCAGACCUAUUUCUCCGGUCUCCUCUGUCCAGGCGUGUGAGCAGACAGUGUGUGUGACCGUGUGGGUUGCGUCUAGCAGCAAAUCACCUUCUGCUUCACAGGAAGCAGGAAGGAACACGCUGCAGCGGGUCGACCAAUCAAAAGCAAGCAGGCCCCUUCAGGAAGUGACUGCCAGAGGUUCAGAGGUUCAGACUACCAACAGACUUCCUAACCGAGACACUCAUUUUUAUCGUCUGCAUCUUCACUGAAAUAAUUUUUUAAUUUUCCAUAUUUAUUCCCUUUUCCUUUUGGUCUUUUUUCUCGUUUUUUGGUCCAGCAUUCUGGAUUCUGUCUUUAACUUAAAGAUCGACGGGUCGAUCCAUUCUGUCCUGGGACCAGCCGAGCAUAUAUCAGUUCGUCUUCACUUCACUUGGUCUGAAAGUAUGCAGGUAGACUAUUCCACUGUGCAGCUUUCAUGUCUGCUCCGUCCGUGAAGAAGAAGUCGUUUGGAGGCAACUCCAAGCAGAGCGUCAGGAUGUGUAUUCGGGAACAAAGGGAUCUGAUAACCAUGUCGUCCACCGAGGCGUGCUGGCCGGUGCCGAUGCGAGCCAUCGGAGCUCAGAACCUCCUCACCAUGCCGGGGGGAGUUUCCUCUUCAGGUUACCUCCACAAGAAAGGAGGCAGCCAGUUCAGCCUCAUGAAAUGGCCACUGAGGUACAUCAUCAUUCACAAGGGAUGUGUGUACUACUUUAAGAGCAGUACGUCUCCUUCACCGCAGGGGGCCUUCUCUCUCAGUGGCUACAACAGAGUGAUGAGAGCUGCAGAGGAGACGACGUCCAGUAAUGUCUUCCCUUUUAAGAUCGUUCACUUCAGCAAGAAGCACAGGACGUGGUUCUUCUCUGCAGCCAGUGAGAAGGAGAGAAAGAAGUGGAUGCGCUACCUGCGGAGGGAGAUUGAUCACUAUAACGGCAGAAAAGAGUCGCACAUUCCCAGUGACUCAGAUUCAGAUACUGACAGCUUCUACGGCACCAUUGAGAGGCCCAUGGACAUUAAACACCCCUUGGACAACACAGAGGACGGUGGGUGGUCCACCUUAUCAAAGCAAGCACAAACGGCAUAUUUCAUGUCUAAUUACAGCACCUUUUUAAUUCUGUGGGUAGAUUAUAUUGAGGAGGAGGAUGAGGAGGAGGAAGAGCCAGACUACGAGAAGCCAGAUGAUGACAGUUCUCCAACUUCUACAGGUCGACCCAUGGGCCCUCCCCCCUCCUACCCUCCUCCCCCGGUGCCUCCAGUGUGCCUGCUCCGCCACGACACCAAUACAGCUUUAAACAAGGGCCUGCCUCCUCCCAUCCCACCACAACACAGAGUCUCUAGUAGCUCACUCCCGAAACCCCCCCUCAGUGUUUCCCCUUCCUCCACACUAAACUCCAGCAAAGGCCCGCCUCCACCCCUUCCCUUCGCCCCUCACCUCUCCAAACCCUCGGCCCCUCCGCUUCCUCCCCCCUCCGGCCAUAAGAAAGCUUUUCAGGGCAGGGCGGCGUCCAUGGGGGCAGCAGGGAAUGACAAGAGAGACUGUCUUCUGCCGACCAUGUCUGUCCAGUCCCCGGCCACUCUGCCCAUAUGUGAGCAGCUAGAGAGGAGGUUGGCCCUGGAUGCCACCGUCCACUGCUCCCUCAAGGCUGGAGGGAGCCAGUCGCUGAGCAGCAGCCACCGUGUGGAGCUGAGCAACCACUGCACCAGGCCGAACAUACCUACUCCCAGUUCUACAAACAGACCUGCCAAUUCAAACUGUCUGCUCCCCAGUCAGCCAACGCUGCCUGGACACGCCCCUCACUCUCCUGUUCUCAGACCCGGAGCACACAAUAAACCCGGGAUACCCAAACCCUUUCCUGGGAACAAACCCCCAGUGCCCAGAGUCAAACCCAAACCACCUGCAACCCCAUUCCAAGCAUCACCAGAUGGCCAGAGCUUCAGAGACAUAAUCGUCUCCGAGUCCAAGAGGAAACCGGAGUCAGUGAAAACCGGCGAAGCUGAGGAUUCUGAUGAAGAUUACGAAAAUGUGCUGCUUCCAGACUCUGUGUUCAUCAACACGACUGAAACCAGCUUUGUUGAAAAGUUGUUCAAAGACAACGGUUUUCCCCCGGAGGACGGACUGUACGGCAUCAGAAACUCUGGGACCAAAACCUCCAAGGUGCUGGUCGUGUGGGACGUCAGCAUAGACAAAGCCAGAAACUACCGGCUGUUUGAAGAGAAUGACUGCCUUUUUCUGGACAGUGAAGUGACCUUCCCCUCUCUGUCGGUGCUGAUUGAACACUACCACAGCCAUCCUCUUCCUCACCACGGAUCGCUCUGCCUGCAGAAGCCCUACACAAAGACAAUGAUUAUGUGAGAGGCAGCAUCACACAGAACAGUAAAGCAGAGGAUCGGGGGAGUUAAAUGUCCUCAGGAGGGAGAGAAGUGGGGACAGAACGGAGGCGGAUCGCUCCACUCACCCAAAGCAAAUCAUGCUGAUUCAGCAUCAACAGCAAAGACUGUAACAUGCCAGGUAUUGUGUGCAGAACUUAUGAUAUUAAUAAAUAAAUUAACAUUAUUUAACUCCCAAACUAAAAGCAACCCAUACAUACAGGAUCUUCUAUGUAACAUCACUUGCUAUAAAUAUACACAAAGUAUUAAAGACACACUUUAGCCAUGAUCACAAACCAGAUGAUUGUCUUAAUCAUCUGUUUUCACAGCUUCACUGUGUUUAGGAGACGUGUGCGGUGAUGGAUGUGAUGUAAAGCGUCAGCAUGGGGGACGUUGUAUUAGGGUUCACUGCCACAGCAGCUUUGAAGUAGGAUAAGUUAUUAUUGUCAUCAGCCUUAUCAACACUAUUUGAUGGUUGAUGCCAAGCGCUUUGUGAAAGCUAAACGGCAUAUUCAUACUGCUGGACAUGAGUAAUCCAGCCCAGGCUGUUGUGUCACAAACUUAGGUCUGUUUUAUGCUUGUGGUCCUAAAACUGACCUUUGGGUAAAUUACUGUCAGUGCUGACACGUGUACAGACCCUCUUCAUCAUGUGCCACAUGAUUCUAGAUUCAGAUUCUAGACAGAUCUGGUUCCAGGGCUCAGUAACACAUGCGCCAUCAAAGCUGUACAUGGAAGCAGCAGGAGCAGCAUAUUUCUGUAUUUUACUGACAUACAGCCUUCUGUCUACAAAUGUUUGCUGUACCUGUGUUA